UUGGCAUUCGAUGCUACGCAGCCUUUCCCGUCACGAUAUACAAUUGAGCAAAAGCAACGAGCUUAUUUGGCAGUUCUUGAGGAACGUCUCAGUCGACGUAAACAACUUCGUCAAUGUCUCAGUACGACAGCGAAACCAAAUCUGAAUGAUGGUUACGUCAUUGAAUUAGUAACGUUCUGCGGUACCAAGCAAGGGUGUGGCUAUAUUUGCGCUGGAAAUCAAACGAAAGGAAUUGUUUCACGAUUCACUAUAACCGCUACCACUUCAACUUUGCAAAAAUUAGACCAUGAGGCGAGUCGAUUCGAAUGUCGCAUUCUUUCGAUGAUCGCUCCAGACGAAGAUAUCGCAUUUCUAUCCCUACUAUCUGCGUAUAUUGUUGCGGUUCAUAUCAAAGGCUUGAAUGUUGAAAUUCUGUGGGAAUUGAAGUUGAACGAUGUUCCACUGAAAUUACUUCAUUACGACGAGCAUCUUUAUGCAGCGCUUGCCAGUGGAACACUGACCGUUAUUGAGAAUGUGACGGAACUCGUUCCAAACGAACUGGAAUUGUAUCAUCUGCCGAUCGGUGCUGCACCCAUCAGCGAUGUUGUUGUCGUGAAUCACACACUCUGUCUUGCAGUUGCAUGCAAAAUUGUUGUGCUCAGUAUACCAAGACCCAGUUUUACAUGUUUGGAUGGUCGACAAGACAUGGAAAUAACGAUGGUUUUGUAUGUUCAUGAACAGAUUUGGAUUGGAACAAAUGAUGGCUAUUUGAUUAUCUAUGACGUCAAGAACUCAGCUGCAAAUGAUACUUCAAAAUUGUUGCGACCACCGCCGGUACAAAAGUAUCCAGCUGGACUCCGUUUGUCGCCAAAGUCAGGUUCUGUGUGUGCCAUCCAUCACUUACCCACCUAUUAUAUACCAACGGAAUCAGAGACUCGACAUGACGAAAGGGUUAGUGUUGCGGAAUAUCCAGCUGCGGAACGGCAAGGACGGAAAGUAUCGAUGUUCAUGAAUCAAAAUACAAAGCGAUAUAGCAUUACAUAG